AGUGAUUAGAUUAAUUAAUAACUUUUAGUACAUUGAUUUGAUCAAAAGAUCACUCAGCAAAUCAAAAAGAAAACGAGAAUUCUACACUUACUUCGCAGAUCGAAUUGAGACAAAGAGAUCGCGACAUCGAUCAUAGCCAUAGCUCUCAGCUAAGCUAGAAAUGGAUACAGUGGAGUCGAGAUUAUUGUCCGGAAUCACCAGAGAAACAACAAUUUGCUUCAACCAGGAAAUUUCAAUCAUCGUAUUUUGGAUUAGAAUAGAAAUAUUAAUUAGUGAAUCUUAAUCAAACCAUUUGUGACCAAAAUGGCUUCCACACUAGGUCAACAACUUUAUAAUUGGAAUUGAUAAACCAAGUUUUCAUGUCCUAAUCAUAUUUCAAAAUCAAAAGGUAAAACUAAUAAAAUUGAAUUUUUGUUUGGUUUUAAAAUUGUUUGGUUAAAAAUAAACCGAUUAAACCAUCGUCUAUGUGUAAUUAAGUUUUGAACUAUUAAUUCGGGGAUAAAUAGAUUUGAACCAUUGAUUUAGGAAAAAAAUAAGUUUAUAACUUAUAAUUGGGGGAGAUAUGAGGUGAUAGUUUGAUAGAUAUAUGAUAGUUUUCAUGGAGAAAUAGUGCAUUUACCAUUUUACUUUUUAGAUAAAUGAUAUGUUAUAAAAUUAUUGGUUAAUUGACUUGUGAUUUAGUAUAUGAAAGAUAUCAUGUUUGUUAGAUUUAUAUCUCUCACAUACCUACUUUAACAAAGAUGGUUAGAUAAAAUUUAGAUUGACAACUGUUUAGUUAUGAGACUGAUGGUUUGCUUGGAUUUACACGGUUUGUGGUGUCCGGAGGAGGAUAUGUCAGUGGAGCUCUCUGCGCCAUCAUCUCCAACCCUGCAGACAACAUGGUGUCUUUCGUUAACCAUGCCAAGGGAACAACAAUCGCAGAGACGGUGCAGAAGAUAUGAUUAGCCGGACUCUUCACAAGAGGACUGCUACCAAGAAUUCUGAUGAUUGGGUCUUUGACGGGAGCACAGUGGGGCAUCUACGACUCCAUCCGUAGCAACUGAAGCUCUUUUUAGGAGAGAGAGAGAGAGAGUGUGUUUCUUUUUAGACCUUAUUUGUAGUUUCCUCGUUAUUUUAGACCUUGACUAUGUUUCCAUAGACCUUGACUUUGUUUCCUCUAUGUGACAAUUAAUUUCCAACUUCAAUUUUAAACGUUGAUAGCCAUAGAAGUAAAUAUCUUGAACUUGUAGAGUAAAUACACUUAUCAACAAUUAACACCCCAUUCUCUUGAUUUCUCUAGACAAGAUGGCACUCUAGUUUGGCAAAUUCAACAUUGGCUUAGAUUCAUCAUGUGUUUUCUAAUACAUAAGAAAACAACAGAGACAAUGAGAGUGAAAGAGAGUCUUUCUAAAGAGAUCAAAAGUGGCUAAACUGUCCCAACAAUAGCUCGAACAUGUCAUCAGGAGUUAGAAGAAUCAUUUUUCCAAUAACCAAGCAAAUGUCUGGUCUUCCACUCUCUGCCACAGCACCUUGAGCUUCUAUAACCUUGACAUGAUCCUUGGGGCUAGUCAUAAAAAAUAGAACUGUCAUAUGUAAAUCUUAAUAAAAACAAAUAAAAUGCCGGUUAUAAAACCAUUAAAUAAAUCAAUGUCAUUUUUAAACUCAUUUUACUCAAUUAUAUUAUGAUAAUUAUGUCGUAUAAGUAAGUGUGAUUGAAAACUUUCUGCCUCUUUUUAUAAAAAAAUAUACUAAAUUUUUAGAUAUCUUAUAAAAAAAAAUUGCUAUGUUUUCUAAUUAAUCUGUAUUUGAUCAUAACUAAUAUUUUUGAGAUUCAACCAUAUUUUGGUAUAGAAAUAUUAAGGAACCUUAUAUGGCUUCCAUAUUUGGUCCAUAACUUUAUAACUGGAAUAGAGUAACCAAGUUUUAGUGUCUUACUCACAUUUCGAAAUCAAAAGGUAAAACUAAUAUAUAUAUCAAACUUUUGAUAACAACUGGUUUAGAUUUAAUAUCCGGUGUUGAGUGUUGACCAGUUUAACAGUGAACACUAGCAUAUUCCAAGGCAUAUAUAUACAAGAUCAAUUCAAAUGUUCAUUAAUAAAGAAAAAGUGGUUAUCACGAUUACAUGUAUAUAAAACCUCAAUCAAUGUGUUACUUGUUACACACAAUACACACGAAAUCAUAUCAUCAAAUCAUGGCCGAACCAUCAUGGGAAGAGCUUCUCGGCCAAGACAAUUGGCAAAACCUUUUGGAACCACUUGACCACUCACUUCGCCGUCUUAUCCUUCGAGCAGGCGAUUUCUGUCAAGCCACUUACGACACUUUCAUAAACGACCAAAACUCCAUCUACUGUGGAGCCAGCCGUUAUGGCAAACCAUCCUUCUUCCACAAAGUCAUGCUCGACGACGCUAGACACUACGACGUGGUUUCGUUCCUUUACGCCACGGCUCGUGUAAGUGACCACGAAGCCUUCUUUCUAAGCUCCAUGUCAAGAGAGUCUUGGGACCGUGAGACUAAUUGGAUCGGUUAUAUCACGGUGACGUCUGAUGAGCGGACGGCUGAGAUUGGAAGGAGAGAGAUCUAUGUUGUGUUUCGUGGGACGACGAGGAACUACGAGUGGGUUAAUGUGAUGGGAGCCAAGUUGACUUCGGUAGAGGAACUGUUGAUGGACGGUCGAGAUGGUCCUGAGGUUAUGCUUGGAUGGUUCACUAUUUAUACAACGGCUAAUCCUGACUCACCUUUCACCAAGAUGAGUGCACGUUCACAGCUUCUGACUAAGAUAAGAGAGCUGCUAGAGCUAUACAAGGACGAGAAGCCUAGCAUAGUCCUCACGGGACACAGUCUAGGUGCAACUAUAGCGACUCUCGCAGCACUGGACCUGGCAGAAAACGUUACAAGCGGCUCUAGCGACGUGACCCCGGUGACAGCUAUUGUGUUUGGUUCUCCGAGAGUUGGCAACAGAGAAUUCUUAAACAGAAUCAACAGACAUGAUAACGUGAGGAUAUUGCACGUGAAAAACGAAAUUGAUCUUAUCACACGUUAUCCAGCUAAGAUAAUGGGGUACGUCAACAUUGGGACCAAACUCAAAAUCGAUACAAGAGUUUCACCUUAUCUUAAAGAAACCCAUCAUCCUGGUGACUGGCAUAACCUUCAGGCGAUGUUACAUGUAGUAGCGGGAUGGAAUGGGAAGAACCAGAAGUACGAGAUGAAAGUGAACAGAAACAUAGCGUUGGUUAACAAAUCUUGUGCCCUGUUGAAAGAGGAGUGUUUGGUUCCCGAGUGUUGGUGGGUGGAGAAAAACAAAGGUAUGCUCAAGAAUGAAGAUGGUGAUUGGGUCAUGGCUACUCCCCACGAUGAAGACAUGCCCGUGGUCGAGUUUGACUAAUUAUCUUUGAUUUUUGGUUUGAUUUGAUUUUUUUCUUGAUGUAUGGUUUGUAAAUGCCUGGAAGUUUGUGAAUUGUGAGACUCUACUAUAAUUGCUAAUAACAAUACUCCCAAAGA